AUGAUCCUCAAAACUCUCGAAUGGAUGCACCCAGAUAACUAUUUUUCGGUGCCUCCUGUUACGCCUGGAGGAGGUGGACUUUUCCUAACUUGGAAACCAGACAUUACACUGACUGUUACAAAAGCCACAACAAGCUAUAUUGAUACUUUCAUCACAAGUAAAGGAGUCCGGUUCCAAACUACCUUCGUUUAUGGAGAGCCGGAUCAAUCAAAACGUGCAGCCAUCUGGAAAGAACUAGCCUCUCUUCAUCCCCCCUCAUCAGGACCUUGGCUCCUCACAGGGGACUUUAACGAAAUCGUAGAUAAUGAGGAGAAGUGUGGAGGACCUGCUCGACCAGAAGGGACUUUCUGUGCCUUUAGAACUUUCCUCUCGGAGAAUGACCUUUUCGACCUAAAACAUCAUGGCAGCUUCCUCUCCUGGAGGGGCAAGAGGAACACUCAUCUUGUUCAGUGUAGACUCGACCGAGCUAUGAGCAACAGCGAUUGGAUGGAACUCUACCCUUCGAGUAGGUGCCAGUACUUAAAAUAUGAAGGCUCGGAUCACCGCCCCCUGAUUACUUUCCUGGAUGCAUCUGUAAGGAAAGGAAAUAAAAUCUUCAGAUUUGAUAGACGUUUAAACGACAAUGCAGAGGUCUCGGAACUCAUCAAGCGUACAUGGAAUGAAGCAGCUCACCUAUCUGUCGCUGAGCGGUUAACACUCUGUAGAAAAGCUAUUUGCAGAUGGAGUAAAAGCUUCCAUGAAAAGAGUAACCAGAAGAGGCUUUUUGGAAGCAAAGAAGCAGACAACUCUGGCUCACCCUUGGAGAUUCCAACACAGGCUUUUUCCAUGCUGCCACCAAACGCAGGAAAGCCCCGAAACCGUCUCACUGUCAUAGUGGAUGACGAAGAGAAACCUUUUUAUGAGGAAAAGCAAAUCGCGGAGAUCAUUAGUGGAUUUUAUGAAAAGCUCUUCAUAUCAUCUGGCACAGAUGAAAGCAACACAGUAUCAGAGGCUUUAAAACCGUGUAUCUCUUAUGAGCAAAAUUUGGAACUCAUUAAACAGCCAUCAGAUGCUGAGAUAAAGGAGGCUACCUUCUCAAUCCAUCCGGAUAAGGCUUCGGGCCCCGAUGGAUUCUCUGCUAGCUUCUUCCAGGCGAACUGGAACACAGUAGGAGCUGCUGUUUCCAAAGAGAUUAAGACGUUCUUUAUCACGGGAUCGCUACCUGCAGAGAUAAACGAAACGCACGUGAGACUCAUUCCAAAAAUAACAGGAGCUUCAAGAGUUAGCGAGUACAGGCCUAUUGCACUCUGCAACAUCUUCUACAAAAUAAUAUCUAAGAUCCUGUCUAGGCGGCUACAACCAGUCUUAAACACCAUCAUCUCAGAGACCCAAUCUGCUUUCAUACCCGGAAGAUCUAUAACGGACAAUGUUCUAAUUACUCAUGAAGUUCUACAGUUCCUCAAAACAUCACAAGCUACAAAAAGAUGCACAAUGGCGGUUAAGACAGACAUGUCUAAAGCAUACGAUAGGGUUGAGUGGGGCUUCUUAUCUAAGGUGCUACACAGACUAGGUUUCCACGAUACUUGGGUCAACUGGAUUAUGCAAUGCGUUACUACGGUCUCUUAUUCCUACCUAGUAAACGACACAGCUUAUGGAAAAGUCUUACCUUCCAGAGGCAUCCGACAGGGUGAUCCACUGUCCCCGUACUUGUUCAUCCUGUGUGGCGAAGUCCUAUCAGGCCUCUGCAGGAACGCAGCGCAAGACACAACACUCCAGGGCAUUAGAGUGGCGAGAGGAAGCCCACGCAUUAAUCAUCUGCUUUUUGCAGAUGAUACAAUGUUCUUCUGUGCUGCUUCCCCUACGAGUUGUGAAGCCUUGAACCUGAUCCUUCAAAAGUAUGAAAGAGCCUCAGGGCAGAAGAUCAAUGCUGCAAAAUCUUCAAUCACCUUCUCUGCAAAAACACCUAUUGAGAUGAAGGAGGCAGCAAAGAAACUUCUAACUAUUGAGAAAGAAGGAGGCCUAGGUAAAUACUUAGGCUUACCAGAGCAUUUUGGGAGGCGUAAAAGAGACCUCUUUACCUCGAUUGUGGAUAGAAUCCGUCAAUGCGCAGCCAAUUGGUCCAACCGCUUCUUGUCAAGAGCAGGGAAGCUCACGAUGCUCCAAGCCGUCCUAACAGCCAUCCCAACGUAUACCAUGUCUUGCUUCCUCCUGCCUGUAAGUCUCUGCAAAAGAAUUCAGUCAGUGCUUAUCCGUUUCUGGUGGGAUGGUCCCGAUAAUAAGAGGAAAAUGAGUUGGGUUGCAUGGGACAAGAUCACUAAACCCAAAGUAGAUGGCGGGUUGGGCCUCAGGGACAUUCAGCUAUUUAACCAAGCAUUACUCGCAAAGUUGGCAUGGAGGAUCCUAACGAAACCUGAAUCCCUGCUAGCUAGAGUACUCUUAGGUAAAUACUGCCAUAAACGAGCGUUUCUAGAUGCAACUGCCCCAGCUAGCUGCUCACACGGGUGGCAUGGGAUCUUACAUGGUUUGAAACUCCUAAAGAUAAACCUAGGAAAAGCCAUAGGGAAUGGUAACUCUACACGCGUUUGGAAAGACUCCUGGAUAACUCUAGAUACCCACACUAUACCUUACGGUCCAAUCAGAGAGGAAGCUAUGGAUCUAAGAGUGGCUGACCUCUUAACAACAGAUAUGAAGUGGAAUGUUAAGAGGAUCAAAGAGCUUUUACCUGAGUUUGCGAUGGAGAUCCAAUGUCUAAGACCAAGCCAAACGGGAGCAGAGGACACUUAUAUUUGGCAACCAUCCCAGUCGGGAGUCUAUGCCACGAAGUCGGGUUACUUCACCGCAGCGAUGUCGAAUCACCGAGUAGCGCCACCCACCACACCAGAUUCGUUCAACUGGAGACAAGACGUGUGGUCUGGUAAUUUCUCGCCGAAGAUGAAAGUGUUCCUCUGGUCCAUCAUUCAAGGCGCACUACCCCUGGGAGAAAACCUGCAAAAACGUGGAAUCUUAUCAACAAGCAGUUGCCCGAGAUGUAAUGAGUGUGAGACGGCAGUUCAUACCUUCUUUACUUGCCAUUUUGCGCAAGAGGUUUGGCAACAAAUCCCUCUAGCAAAUGCAGUUCACAUAGCUGCUGACUCGGAUGAGACCUUUGAUCAACUGAUCCCCAGCUUCCGGAAAGUAAUCUGUCUCCCCCCAUCGGGAAUAACUUUCAAUGUGCUCCCAUGGAUCCUGUGGGCAAUCUGGAGAGAUCGCAACCUCCUAAUCUUCGAGAACAGAAGCCAGUCAGCCGUGGAGGUGGCCACCAAAGGAUUAAGUUUAGCUAAAGAGUGGAGUGGUAUCAACCAACUUAAGCUUCUCAACACUAAGCCCCCACUACAGCCAAUUGAUGGUAGACGUCGUAGCGAUGAACCGGAAAGGAGAAUCGGAUGCAAAACAGACGCCGCCUGGGACAAAAUCACAAAGAAAGCGGGGCUUGCGUGGACCUUCACCGGUCCAAUCUCAGGAGAACAUCGCUCAGGAUCCCUCUCAGUAGACUUCGUGACCUCCCCAUUGAUGGCAGAAGCUCUCGCUCUUCGAUCGGCCCUCAUCGAAGCAGCAACGAAUGGAUACGACCACAUCACUAUGUUAUCCGACAACCAAACGCUCGUUCGAGCAAUCAACGGCAACAUGCAGACUAAAGAGACCUUUGGUGUCCUUCGCGACAUUCAACAGAUCUCGUCAGCUUUCUCCGAUGUCUCUUUUUCCUUCAUCCCACGAAGUGAAAACCAAGAAUCGGACCUCCUGGCCAAACGGGCUUUGUCCCAGGCCUCUAUCUCUGUUUCAACGGCCCAUCCUUUGUCUAGGCCUUUUAAUUCUGCUGCUUUCCUAUUUGUAAACCCAUAA